AUGUCCCGUGCAUUUCUAGAGCGAUGCCCGAGGAGACACCUUGUGGUGCACAUGGACAUCAACAAGACGAUUAUUCAGGUUGAUUCCGCUGGUGGACGAAGCAUGGAGGAUGUCCUCAACAGCAACAUCGCAGCAAAUGUAUGGGGUCGCCAUGACGGCGAUAAGUGGGUGGCCAUGAUGGGGCCUCAUCAGGCAGGGGACCGCACCGGCUUGGUGACGUAUGAUGAGUAUGUCGAUAGCGUGCACACUGAACCAAUGGGCAUGCAGGAACUUCCUAAAGCUGAAAGGGAUCGUGUGUGGCGCGACAUAUCGGCGAGUAGGAGGGCUGUGCUGCGCACGUUCACACAUGCAGGGCAGCCGGGCGAAGACUACAAGCACCACAUCGAUGAACAAAGAAAGGUGCUGGCAGCCGCACCCAAUCACUCGAUCAUUCCUUCUUUCUUUCGCUUUGUCAAUACCCUCUCGGAGCUGAAUUGGUCUUUUACUUUGAUAUUUCGAACAUUCGGUAACGACCUGUCGAAUGUAUUGCGGGAGUGGCGGCAAUUUGUCUUUGGGGAACAUACAUGCAAGCCCCAGGGCGCUGUUCUCAAGCGCAUGAAGGAGGCGUAUGUACCCGAGGCCACAGGAUGCAUUUUCCGCGAGAAGGAGCAGCUGUUCUUUUGCAUUGGCCCGGAAAAGGCCGCUGUAGUGCAUCAUCCCGAGGGAGUUGAAACACUGCCUUCUGCUGAAGUUGUGUCGCAGUUGUCAGUGAUGCCUUCUUGCAAAGAAGUUUACCAAACGAAUUUUGCGUUGCUGCACGAUCAACUGUUGGAGUACACCGCUGCAUCCAACAACGUUGGUGGGCUCGUCGAUUACUAUCCCUUUUGGGCUCAAGGAGCCGAGCGCCGGACAGGCGGAAAGGUAUUUCCGGUGGUUGUCGCGCCUCCCUCAACGUGUGAGAAGCCUCUCUACUAUAUAUUUUUCGAUGACAACAUUUUCAUUGGGGAUGAAAAAUCAAUUGUCGAUUUAAGGGAUGUUGCAACUGGUGAUAGCAUUACAGAUGCCGCGACGGAGAGAAAGUAUUGCGUCGGUGUGAAUCCAUACAAGGCCAUUGUAGAAGAGGACUACUUUGUGGAUUGUCUGGCACGGAGGAUUGCACUGCAGUUGGGAAAGGGUGAGUUGUGCGUUCAUUAA